AUGAAACAAUGUGAAAAAUGGAUUGCAUUAAUCCAAAGUGCAUAUCCGAAUAUAAAAAUACCUAAAAUUUUCCUCGUUUGUGAAGAUCAUUUUAACAAGGAUUACAUUUUAAGAAAAAAUGUAAUCAAGGAUUCAGAUGGAAACAUAAUAUUUGAGCGAGAAUUAUUAAAAACAAAAUUAAAAGAUGGGGCUAAUCCUUGCUUUACAUGUUCACAAGAAUUGGUAGAAGAUAUUAGAUCAAAUGAGGAUAGUAGUAAUGUAACUUUACCAAUGAAUCAAGACAAUGAAGAAAACUUGAUAGAAAGUAGCAGAUCAAAUCACGAUAGUAGUGAUAUAACUUUAAUAAUGGAUCGAGAUGAUGAAAAAAAUUUGGUAGAAGAAAAUGUAACUGUAUUAAUUAACACAUCUAUUUCAUCUCCUGUAUCUUCGUUAUUUGAGUUACAAUCAACUUCAUCUAUGUAUUGUGAAGAGCAAGGUUAA